GAGAGGUAUUAGGUAAGUUGCGGGGGAUUACUUAGUUUUUUCUUGUUCUUUCCGCUCCUAAAAGUCUACCUCCCAUGGGUAUUUGUGGGGCCAGCUUUCUCGGUCUCACACCCCACACACCCUUUCAGUACACUGCUACACUCUUCCUUCUGGACACAGCGGCAUAGAAUGACUCUCCUGAGUUAGAUGCUCCUUCAGGCAGGUUUGACAGACAACAACCCUGCCUCUCUCAGGUUUCUCUUGCUGUUCUUACUCCUAGCCUGCCUGAUCCAUUUCAUUUAAGGACAUUCAAAGAGCUGCCGCUUUCCUCUCUCCCCAAACUUGUGUUUUAGGAGAGGUUCCUCCCCAACUCCCUUGAACCUUUAGCUGAGCCUUGAAAAUUGCUUCUCAGUCUGCCAUCUUGGGUGAUAUUUCCAAUGAAUACCUACUCUAACAUCAUGAUCUGAAGCUGAAGAGGCAAAAGAUUUUGCUUCUAAGGAGCCCCGCCACCUGGCUGAAGAGUUCCUCCCCUAGGAGAUUAUGUAUGUAAUUUUAUUUUCAGCAAGUCUAUCUCACCUAGUGUCCUAAGACUUUACCAGAAUCACUAAGGUUGCUUUUUCUGAUGCAGAUUCCUAGACCCCACCUAGACUCAUUAAAUUAGACUUCAUAAUGGACAGACCCUAAGAGUCUCCAUUUUUACCUUGAUUCUUUACACCUCUAUUGCAACAAAGGGCUUGGACUGAAAGCCUAGACCAGUUUCACCAAAGGAUGGGUUAAGUAGGGUGGAAAAAGGGGGUUUUGGAGUCUCCUGAUGUCGGAACUCUGUACUUAUAAAGUUGUUGGCUGGCUCAGGCAAAAGAAAUCGGGCAGCCACCUUCACACGAAUCCUGAUGUGGCACCAAGUGCAGCCUCAGAGGUCCAGCCACACAGCUCCCUCUCAGUCAUCCCAGCUCCUGAUAAAUAGGUUCCUGGGCCAGAAGUGUGUCUACUAGCUUUCCUGGCCUCAGCCCCUACACAAGUUGCAAAGGGGAGUUUCCAUUGUAGCACAGGCUCCUGGGAUCCUAUCGACUCUGUCUCUAAAUUGAGGGCUAGAGGGAAGAAAUGAGUAAGGAGCUCAUCCAUUCAACCACACUCUUUUUUUUUUUUUUUCCAUAAAAGAGGUGGUGGCAAGGAGGAAGGGGUAUAUGGGAACUCUGUACUUUCUACUCAACUUUGCUGUGAACCCUUUGAAGCUGCUCUAAAAAUAAAGUCUUUACACACACACACACACACACACACACACACACACACACAAAGGGGAUGCUGGUUUCUGGAACAAAGAAAGUGAGGGUAUGAUAGGAAACCAUUUGGACACAGUACAGAACGUGUAGAAUGAUGGCUUGGUAAGCCUAGAAAUCCUAUAGGACCUUUAGUAUGUAACCAACAACACUUCCUAUGCUCUGGCCAUUUCCUUCGACUACUAGCAUUUUAGCCUCAACACAGUCAUGGCAUCAUCAUCUCUGGUUUCAGAGCCCUGAGGUUCAGACUCGGUGAUUUGCCCAGGGUCACCUAGCUAAUGAGUGAGUAGCCCUGCCCGAAGUCACACACAUAUACUCUGACCUCAUGCCCCUGGCUCCCCUCCACCACUGCUGCCUCUCGCUUUACUGGUACUUUAUCUCAGAGGCAAGGGAGCUCUCAGAGGGCCACGUGCUGGCCCAACCUAAAAAUAGCUCCCAUUUAUCAAGCACUUCGCUCUACUCUGCUAAGCACUUUGCACAGAUUACCUCUUCUAAUCCUCACAACCACCCUAUGGGCAUUACCGUCUCCAUUUUACAGAUGAGGAAACAGACCUGAGAGAGACUGUGAUGCAAGUCGCACAAGCUAGUUGGUGAUGGAGCCAAAAGUGAGUCCAGGUAGUCCAGCUCCAGAGGGCAGACUCUACCUUCCCCACCACUAGGGGGGUUGGCGGAGGGGAUGGGGACAGACCCUGAAAAGGGCGAGUUGACAAGACUUUACAGCUCCCUGAACACGGCACAGAGAGAGAGGGAGCCGUUAAAGGUGAAAGGUGUGCGUGUGAACCGCUGAGCCUGCUAAGCCAGGAGCCCCAUUGUAUGAUCUGUGUGCGUGGCCAGGGGAGCUGUUUGAAGCUCAAAGCCUACCACACACACCCCCACCCCACCCCCGGGCUGUGUGAGCCGGGCCACUUCAGUCCUCUUGCGGCUAUUCUGGGCUGCUGUCUGAUCUCCCUCUCUUCCCCAGCCCCUACUUCAGCCCUUCUGCUGGGAGUAGCCGGGUGGGGAAAGGCCAGGCCAGUUACAUAAGCCCAUGGCUGGGACCCCGGAGGCCAGGCUGGAGAGCAGGUGCUUAGCCCCUCCCUCACCACCAACAGUGAAAAUCUCCCUCUGGAGCCCAGCCUCCGGGCGGCCCAGCAUGGAGGCAGCCACAGCUCCCGAGGUGGCCUCCUCAGGAUCCACACUGAAGGUGAAAGAAACGAGCCCAGCGGAUGCAGAAGGACCCCCAGCUUCACCUCGACAGGAAGCCAGCAGCCCCAUUCCCCAGCUCCUGUCCCCUAUAGAAGAGCACCCCAAGAUCUGGCUACCUCGCGCCCUGAGGCAGACCUAUAUCCGGAAGGUCGGAGACACCGUGAACCUACUAAUCCCAUUCCAGGGCAAACCCAAACCUCAAGCCACCUGGACACAUGAUGGCUGUGCCUUGGAUGCCGGCCGUGUGAGUGUGCGCAAUGGGGAGCGGGACUCCAUCCUCUUCAUCAGAGAAGCCCAACGUGCUGACUCAGGUCGCUACCAGCUCAGCGUGCGGCUGGGCGAGCUGGAGGCCACUGCCACCAUUGACAUCCUGGUGAUCGAGAGGCCAGGCCCUCCUCAGAGUAUCAAGUUGGUGGAUGUUUGGGGCUCCAAUGCUACUCUGGAGUGGACACCUCCCCAAGACACAGGCAACACGGCACUCCUCGGAUACACCGUGCAGAAGGCUGACACAAAAUCUGGGCUGUGGUUCACGGUGCUGGAACGUUAUCACCGCACCAGCUUCACAGUCUCCAACCUCAUCGUGGGCAACUCCUAUGCAUUUCGAGUCUUUGCUGAGAACCAGUGCGGGCUCAGUGAGACAGCCCCCAUCACUGCUGACCUUGCCCACAUCCAGAAAGCAGCUACCCUUCGCAAGACUGGGGGGUUUGCACAGCGAGAUUUCUCUGAAGCCCCAAAGUUCACCCAGCCUCUGGCAGACUGCACCACGGUCAUGGGCUAUGAUACCCAGCUCUUCUGCUGCGUCCGCGCCUCUCCCAAGCCAAAGAUCAUCUGGCUGAAGAACAAGAUGGAUAUCCAAGGCAACCCCAAGUACCGAGCCCUCACUCACCUGGGAAUCUGCUCUCUCGAAAUCCGCAAGCCGGGUCCCUUUGAUGGGGGUAUCUACACCUGCAAGGCAGUUAACCCCCUGGGGGAGGCAUCUGUGGACUGUCGGGUGGAUGUGAGAGCUCCUCACUGAGGACUCCAAAGAAAAUUAGGGCAACUCUGACAAAGUAUAAGUUGGAAAAGAGGAUGCACAUCCAUCACAGAGAUGCAGACAGCAGAACACACAUAUACGUACAUAGCUAAUUAAAGACCAAGCACUAAGACUUGAGGGCUGGGAGACACUGAAGAAAUUGGAGCAGAGUCUCACUAAGCCUUGGGGAAAGAAUAAAGGUGAGGUGCUCUUGCUUACAUGUUUGCUUUCAUUCUCAUAACAAGUAAGAUAUUAAAGCCAUUCUGUAAUGGCAUCUACAAAAGACAGCAACAGUUCCCCCCAUCUUGGCUAGCAAGGGCAUCAUGCUCUUCCCAGAGAGUUGGGGUCUGUUCCCCUCCCCUCGCAUCUGGGCUGACCACGUGACCUGCUUUAACCAAAAGAAUGUAGUGGAGGUGAUGCUGUGCCAGUCUGGGCCUAGACCUUAAGAGGUCUAGUAGUUGAAUCUCAGGACAGAUUUCCAAAUUAUGAGAGGCCGCAUGCAGGACAACCCAGCAUCCCAGCUGACAGCCAGCACCAUAGCCCUAGAUAUGUGUGGCUGCCUGAGACCUUUCAGCGCUAGUCAAGUCCAAUCCACUGGGACUGGAGUAGAGAGGUCAUGGAGUAGAGACAGGUCCUCCUAGCACGACUGUCUGUAAAAUCAAACUGUAAAAUCAUGAGAUCUGGGGUUUCGAGCCCGAAAUACUAGGGUGGUUUGUUACACAGUAGCACGUAACUGAAAUAGUCUUCUCGACAUCAGACACUGAACGUCAGGCUUUAUCACUUUUAAUCUCCAUUUUCCAAAUGGGGAAGUUGAAGUUCAUAAGCUGCUCCAAGUCACGAAGCUGGUAAGUUAGCAGAGCUAGGAUUGGAACCAGGUCUGCCUGACUUCAAGCUUUCUCUCUUUCCUCUCAUCUCUUUCACCCAAGCGACGCUCAACUGUAGCAGGUCUGGGGGGUGGGAUCAUGGGUUGUAAGAAAGAAAAGACCGCUAGGAGGCAGUAAAUCUUAGGCAAGGCUUUGAAGAGGAGGAGGGUGUGUUCCGGCUGAGAAAACUGAGACAGGCUUUUCUGUUCACACCAAAGGUCUAUUUUCAGCUGAGGCAAUGUCUAUUCCAGCCUUUCUCAACUGGAGCACUAUGAGAAUGCCCCAAUGCCCCCCAAGGCAUCCAUUAUAUGUCAUAAUUAACUUUUUCCAUGCAUCCAGAAUGUCACUAGUUAUGUAGCAUCUUGGGAAAACUGAGAAACUAGCCACACAAAUUAUUUGUACGGUCAAAUGCCCUUGCGGGACCCCUUGCUGCAACUGCCAGGUUGGGGAGAGAGGGGGACCAGAGUCCAGAGCCAGCUAGUCGGGGACACAACGGCCAGGAGGCCUCCCUUCAGCUGAAGCAGGGCCGGGGUCAGGAAGGAGUGGAAUACACCCAGCUACGAUGCCCUAAGGAUCAGUUAGACCUCUGGCCUCAGCCCACCGCCCCAUGCCUCUGCUAUCAAAGUACUCAAGGUUCCUAUAUGCUGAACCUUCACGGUGAAGGAAAAAAAUCUUCACGCUGAACAAGACUUCCAGUCAUAGUUAAUCUUCCCACAUUCAAGAAGAACUGUACUGGAAUCCUUAAUUUUGUCAUUUAUGCCCUCAACACUAGGGAGUUCCUUCUGAAGUAAGGUCUAUCACGUGCCAGGGAGGGGGUGUAAUCUCUUCAUUAAUUCGUCUAUUUAUCCAAAAUCUUGAACAUCUGUUCAUAGAUGUCAUUUUAGGGGUUGGGCUGAGGGGGACAAAUAAUUCCCAGGUUAGUGGCCUUAGGCUGAGUAAAGAAUUCUUGUGCCUGAAAUCUGUACUUUCUGGUUUUGUUGUUAUUCUGAUGGAGGAGAAAGUAGUUCAAUUGCUUUUUUUCUGGUACUGCAACAGCUUUCAAAAUCAUAACUGGGUGACAGGAAAUUGGAGAUGAGUUUCCAUAGGAGGAACUAACUUCCAAUUUGCUACAACUGCGUCCCCACUCACCUGAGGUUGGGAAGAAGCAAGGGCGGGGUUUCCCCAGUCAGGCUGCUCCUUGGCCCAGCAGGAAUGCAGUUAAUGAGCAGCUUCUUUCCCUUCAUUCUUCACUUUGCCACCACUUGCCUGGAGAGAGGGAAACUACUGGCUCUGUCUGGUCUUCCCACCUCCACAGAACCUGAAUCCUACAAACAACCAAAAUUCCACCCUCACCAACAAGCCUACAGAAAACCAGGCAAUCCUCUUCUCCCAGUUCUUCUUCACACAAGCCUGCAAGUUCUGCACCCCCCCCCCGCCCUUUGCCUUAGCACCCCCACUAAACCCCAAGGCUCCUUUGCUUCCUGUGGCAUUUCUUACAGUAACAUCUCGUGCCUGCAAACCUCAUCACGUCAGCUUCACAGCUAAAAACUAGAAAGUAAACCA